AUGCAGGAGAGGCUCGAUGCUCCGGCCAGUCAUUUGAGCCGCUCUAAGGGGCAGCGGAAUGGGCGAUUCAACCGCCUCAGGUACCCGGUCCUGCUAUGCGCAGCGCCCGUUGACGAUGCGUCACUCGAAAUCCAGGGCAGAACCAUCCACCAAAGAGUGCAUGUGGCCCGUACGGAGAAUGCAGGCGAAGCUUCCGAGGGGCCCGAGCAAACGGCACGGUCUCGAUCCAGCCGGGCAGACGCCAAUUUUUUGGUCUCCAUACACGCCCGACGAUCCGCACUCGUCCUUGUGCCUGAUCCCACCCGACUCACCAUCAGCUCAGUGCUGUCAAAUAUCCGCGCCCAUGUCGACGUCGCCGACGAGCUCAUUAUUCUCGGGCAGAGCGCCAGUCAAGACCAGAAGCGAACCAGGCCCCUGGCUCGCUAG